AACCUCUGAACUUCCAGUUGUCAAUUCGCGCGGUUCUGCUUCGCACAUUUUUGCUCUCGCAUGUGUUUUCCUCGCGAUUCAUUCCAUUUUUCACCUGUUUUAGUGUGCAAUUUUGUGCAUUAAAGUGCACAAUUGCCUGCCUAAGUCAUUCGCCCGUGUGCUGUGCAUCUGUUCUGAGUGAUUCAAUAGUGCCUUUGUUGCAUAAUAAUAGCUUUUCUGCGGGCUCUUCAGUGCCUUUUUGGUGUCUCGACCAGGGAGCAAAAAAAACAUGCUAUCAAAGUGAUUUAAUCUGGAUUUUAUCGCAAAGUCUCUGAAACUGAGACAGUAUUUUAUUGAUUGAUUGUGUUUGGCUGGUUAGAAAGAGUGUCGAGACGAUGGAAAACAUGAGAAUCAACAAGAGACUUCUUCCCAUGAAGUCUCACUAUUUCCUCUUCAAUGCUGGGACGGCUCCUAUUGUCCCCUUUAUGCCUACCUUUGCCAGACAGUUGGGAUUCUCAACUGUUAUCGUGGGAACAGUUUAUACAAUUUUACCAAUUGUUGGGAUGCUGGCUAAACCAACUUUUGGGGCCAUUGCUGACAGAUUUCAGAGGCAGAAGCUCCUUUUCCUUUUGUUUCUGAUCCUCACUGCUGUCUCCUUUUUUGCCAUUAUGUUCAUCCCACCAAUUCCUGCAGACUCCUCCGUUGAAUUCCACUGCAACGGAGGAGCUGUAGAUCUCAAACAUUGUCCCAAGGAAGGUGAACAUUUAGACAGUACAGUGAUUGAGAAGCUCCAGGGGGAAGAUUCAAUAUUGAGAUGUGAUCUUCAGUGCAAAGCUGAACCGUGGAUGUGGGGUGUAAUCUGUGAUCACUGGAAUGUCAGCCAGUAUUGUAAAGAUCAUGUGAAUGAUGCAGAAUUCUCCCUGACGGCAGUUACUAAAAUCAGGGAUUUGAAGUUGAUGGAGGAGUGUCUCUAUAUUGUGGUUGUUGAAGGGGAUUUUGGUUCAGCCGGACUGUCCAAUCUCUUCUGCCCAAGUCAUCUGAACAAUAAAACCACCAAAUACUUCAAAACUCCCUGCACAGUUCACUGUGAUCACGAGGAGAUUAACCACCUAAUCACGGAGACCAACAUAGAAAAUCGAGAUGUAGCUGGACUCUAUCAAUUCUGGCUACUCUUCAUGUUCCUGGUGGCCAGUUGGGUGGGCAUGGCGGUAGUUGUGAGUGUGGGAGAUGCAAUAUGCUUCGAGAUGCUCGAUGACAAGCCCCAUUUGUAUGGGAAUCAGAGGCUAUGGGGUGCUGUGGGAUGGGGCACGUUCUCAAUCAUUGCCGGUGUCCUAGUGGACAAGUUUUCCGAGGGACAGUUGACAAAGGACUAUUCAGUGGUGUUUUAUAUGAUGCUGGGACUUUUGGUGCUGGACAUGAUAGUCUCGUCAAAAUUGCAACAUACGCAAACAAAACUCUCCACAAAUAUUAUAAAAGACGUUGGGGCUCUUUUUGGCUCCGUGAGAAUUGUGAUCUUCUUUCUGUGGUGCAUUGCUGUGGGAUUGGGUACGGCCCUUGUGUGGAACUUUCUCUUUUGGCAUCUCGAGGAUCUGGCGGCAGCACAGGGCGGGGAUCACUUGAAUUGGAUAAAAACUCUCCAAGGACUGGCCAUGGGGAUCCAGUGUUUCGGCGGAGAAUUGCCUUUUUUCUUCCUCUCAGGAUGGAUUCUGAAGAAAAUUGGUCACAUCCAUGCCAUGAGUUUGGUUCUGUCGGGCUUUGGACUGAGAUUCCUUCUCUAUUCAGCCCUCACGAAUCCCUGGUGGGUUCUGCCAAUUGAACUGCUGAAUGGAGUGACUUUUGGUAUCUUCUACUCGACUAUGGCAUCCUACGCCAGCAUUGUGGCUCCACCAGGAACAGAAGCCACGCUUCAGGGUCUGGUAGGAGCUGUCUUCGAGGGUGUAGGUGUCUCCAUGGGGAGCUUUAUUGGUGGCAUAGCAUUUGACAGGAUCGGCGGGAGUCUGACUUUCCGUUGGUUUGGCAUCGGUGCUCUCGUGCUGCUCGGUGCACACGUUCUUGUGCGCCGACUUCACGAUCGCUACUCCAACAAAUUCGGUAAGACUUCCAAUAGGGCUAGAGACGAAAGUAACAUUGUAAAUCGCACGAAUUCCGGUGGAGAGUUAACUAAUGGUGAUGGCGUGAAUGCCAUCAUGACAAAUCAGACAAAUGAUGAGAGUGUGCAGAAGGAAAAGAAUCUAUUGAAUGAAUCACUGUGAUUCGUCUAAUGAGGCUAGGUUCUCAGGUGAAACAGUAUAACGCAGAGGAUGUACGAGAUAUUUUUUGUCUAUUUUGUACUUAAAUAAAGAUUUACAAUUUUUCUGGUGGAAAUGAGAAGCACGUGAUAGGUUUCUAAUGAUGGUAUGGAAAAAAAUUGGGACAAGGAUAUUCAUAAGCGUUUUCUUGUGAAUGAAUUUUGGGAAAAAGACAUGAAAGAAAAAAAAGGUACACAAAAUCAUCUCAUUCAAAUUCCUAACUAACCCGAAUAUUUAUUGUAAGAAAAAUGGUUUGAGGAAUUUUAUUUGAAAACCAAUUUUCUACAAUAAUUUAAGUAGAUUUUUUUCUCGUAGAUUUAUUGCCAUCCCAAAGUGAAUCUAAUCGCAUGAAAUUUGGGUUUAAUCUCCUUUCCUCGAGUACUUUAGUAGUUGAUAAUUUUUUUCUUACAUUAUUUAUCCAUUGUGUGUUUAUUGAAGUGUGUAUAUAAAAAAAAUGCGAUUUGGGGGCACUUUUCAUUGAAAAAUUUAUUUGUAUCAUUCACAGAACUCAUGCAAAACGAAUACAGAACACCUACAGAUGCGAUGAACAUGCUCGAUGACGACACACAACCAAAUUCACCAUUUCCGUGAGGUGUGCAGAAUUUUGGAUGAAUGGGAAUGUCUUUCUCUUCUCUAUCGGUAUACAUUUUUUUCUGUGGUCCAGUGUCCCUGUGGGUAUCUUCUUGCGGAAUGUGAUCGUGAAGAUAGAAAUAAAUUAGCUUUAACUGUUUUCACUUUA